UGUGUGUUUUUAUGACUGCUUCCUUGUCCUCCACCCCAUCUAAUAAAACGUUCUCGUUAAAAUUAAAUCUGUGACCAAUUCCCCCCUCCUCUUUUGGCUUUUUGCAGUCACCGUCUAAAACACUUUUUUUUGUUUGUUUAAUGUCAGACUGUGUGAUUUGGAUUAGAAUGCACAACUACCAGAAAGGCCCAGCCAGACUGUAGGCCUUGGAGGAUCCCCAGCCUGGAGUACAGCCUGAGACCUGGGAUUGGGAAUGCAAGCAAGCAUGGCAGAGUUACUCACACAGGAGGAGGAGCAGGCCACUCAGCGGUUCCUGCAGGAGAUGAAUUCCUGGACAUCCUGUCACUCUGUGUCCCCUCUCUCCUGGGAUGUUGCAGUUAAAUUCCUGAUGGCGCGAAAGUUUGAUGUCGUCCGAGCAAUUGAGCUCUUCCAUUCAUACAGAGAAACUCGGCAGAGAGAGGGGAUUGUACGUCUGAAUCCACUGCAGGAGCCAUUGCUGUCCGAGCUGCUGAGUGGCAAAUUUACAGUGCUGAGUGUCAGGGCUCCCUCUGGAGCUUCUAUCGCCAUCUUCACUGCCAAACUCCACUAUCCAGCAAGUAAGAAUAGCAGAGAGGUCCAGCAUACGGUGCUUCAAGCUCUCUUCUACUUACUGGACCGUGCCAUAGAGAGUGUUGACACACAGCGAAAUGGCCUGGUGUUCGUCUAUGACAUGGGAGGCAGCCAGUACAGCAAUUUUGAACUGGACCUGAGCAAAAAAAUCCUGAGCCUUCUGAGAGGUGCAUUCCCGGCACGUCUGAAGAAGGUCCUGAUUGUCUCACCGCCAGUGUGGUUCCGAGUUCCUUAUUCCAUUAUCAGCAUGUUGUUGAAGGAGAAGCUACGAGAGAGGGUACACAUGGUGAGUGUCAAUGAACUUCUUCAACACUUACCUCCUCAGUGCCUCCCUGAAUCUCUAGGAGGUGUUCUUCCAUGGGAUCCCGGCACUUGGAAUUGUCUCCUUCUCCCAGGCCGUGCUGGAAGGCCGGACCCCCUUGAUGAGCUUGUGCUGGUGCUUGGAAGCAAGACAGAAGGAAGUGUACAUAGGCCAGGUCCUGGUAGGAUAACCCUGGCUCAACUUAAAGAACACAUUAUCUCUGUGGGAAGACGUGGAAUUUAUGAAGAAUAUGACGAUCUUAGGAAAGAGCAGCCCGAGGGGACUUUCAGUACAUCACUAGCUGCCGUUAAUCGUGAUAGGAAUCGUUAUGGCGAUGUUCCAUGCCUGGACCAAACUCGUGUUAAACUUAAACGUGUGAACUGGCAUGAGCGCUCCGACUAUAUCAAUGCUAGCUUCAUGGAUGGAUAUUUGCAGAAGAAUAUGUACAUUGGGACUCAAGGACCUUUGGAGAACACAUUCCCGGACUUUUGGCAGAUGGUUUGGGAACAGAAUGUGUUGGUGAUAGUUAUGACAACAAGGGUUGAAGAAGGUGGCCAUCGAAAGUGUGGCCAGUACUGGCCAUUGUCUCCUGGGACCCUUGCAACAUAUGGAACUGUUACAGUCAGCAACAAGGCCAUUGAGAAUCAUCAGCACUACAGAAAAUGCACCCUAGAGUUAAGUGUACGACAGAGUCGGGAGAAGCGAAUCAUUAGCCACUUGCAGUUCCUGAGCUGGCCUGAUUUUGGAGUCCCUAACUCUGCUGCCGCACUCCUCCACUUUCGGGAUGUUGUUAAAAAAGAGCAGAGAAGACUGGUGCGUGACCUUGGAAUGCGCUGGAAAGGUUCACCGGGAGGACCUCCCAUUGUCGUUCAUUGCAGUGCAGGCAUUGGAAGGACAGGUACUUUCUGUACCCUGGAUAUCUGCCUGACCCAGCUGGAGGACGUCGGCAGCCUGAACAUCCCACAGACUGUCAGACGAAUGCGCAAGCAAAGAGCGUUCAGCAUACAGACUCCGGAGCAGUUCUACUUCUGCCACACUGCCAUACUGGAGCACACAGCCAGCUGAUACUGGUAUCACAUCCUGCCAUCCACUGCCAAGAUCAGUGUUGGGGCCAUACGAUAGCGUGAAGCUAUCUAGGAUACUGUGAAGGCAGCAUGACACCCAGUUAUUGAUAGGUCAACUACUGAGUGCCUUAUAACAAUGAUGCACAGCAAGAAUAGUAAGCCAUCAAAUGACAAAUCUCUUUACAGUGUUCUAAUUGCUCUGCAUCCCGCACACUCCGCACACAUUACACUAUCACACACAAACAUUACACCCAAUCUAAGCCAUCACAAGCUGUAAUGUACCCAUCGGGCAAAUCAAACACCAUGACAUUAAUACAGUUUACAAAAAAACAUAUUACAUUUACCAUUAAGGAGCAUUAAGAUUCUUAAAUACAUGGGGCUGGAGCACAUGCAUAAUUGCACCAGAAAUUACACUUACAUGUGCUUACCCUAAUAUACACACAUGUAUCAUGUAUGAUUUCACAAACCUGGCCAAGUACCCGCUGCUUCCGGCACCCAAUAAGGUGUGUGGAGCAGCAGACAUGGGGCUCUGAUUGGAGCAUGCAAUUCACUAGUUCCGUGUUCCAACAUGCCUGUACUGUUGUAGCCAGAAGCUGAGUGUGGUGUAUGCAGUCAGGAGAUGGUUGUUUUUUAUGUUUUUUGUUUAUUUUCAUUUUUGUUUUAAACUAGCCCAUCCGAAGGUCCAUGGGAAUUAAGUGAAGGUUAAAGACUUAAAAUGAAUGAAAAGCUUACUGUAUAUUACCACAUAAACAUGCUUUCGUUCAUGGAUCCCCUUUCAUUUAAAUUGGAAGGGUUAUUCCAGGUAUCCGCUAACCUUUCCCAUCCAUGUGCAGACAUCCCUAUAAACAUGCACACAACCCAUUCACAUAUGGGAGACAGACAGUCAUCCUAUAUAUGCAGACAACCGUCCUCAGACAUAUAUAGUCAGGACAUGGGUACAAAUACACACACACGAGAUGUUUAUUCUUUUCUACUGUAUGUAUCAUGUCCUGUCCUUCUUUAUGUUGGAUACAUCCAGGUAGAUUGUCUUCUAUUUGAGGAGAACAAGAGACGAUCACUCCUGCAGUCUCUUGUUCUCCUCAAAUAGAAGACAAUCUACCUGGAUGUAAAUAGGUAGGAAUUGUAAACUAUCACCACCUCUAAUUACCGCUGAGUGCCACAAUAGUACCCACAUAAUGCUAACGCGGCUCAGAGGUGCAUGUGGGAUUGGUAGCUGUGGAUCAAACAUUCCCAUGACAACAUCACAAUAUAAGACAGGCUCCAUGCUAGAUGAUUGUCCGUGAAUUGGAAAUGUUUUUACCGUAUGAGCCCAGAUUUGGCAUGUUAUCACGUAUUUAAAAAACAAAAUUCUAUUUUUU